AUGUCUCACAAUUUCUACGGCAAAGAUGCCGGUACUCCGAAAUCGAUGGAGGUACCUUUGGUGCCCGAUGUUGUGACCCCCACAGACCUUACAACAACGACUUUAUCGACAGGCAAUAACAUCUACAAUUCGAAGACUUUGGAUGAGUUAUUCGGGAAUUGGCGUGGUAGUGUGGUUCACAAGUACCAGAUUUACAAGUCUGAGCUAGAAACACAGAAAAGUGCUGUGGCAAACGAGUACGAAAGCCUCAGAAAACAUGUUUCUGAACAGGUCUUGACAGACAAAUACGAAAACGCGGAAUUGUUAGUUCCCACCAGUGUGCUGGCUUUGGGUGCCUUUUUCAGUGGGAGAGUGCUCAGUAAUCCCAGGAACUGGGGAGCUUCCGCUUCCUUCACCAGCCGUUUGUUAACGAGUAUUCCAAGUAGAAUCGUUCUGCCCUGGACACUAGCAGGUGUGACAUUUUCUCAACUCACUCCUGUGACAUGGUCACAUAGCUUGCGUUCAGUAGAAAGAGAUGUUUUACCGGAAGAAUGGGUCUCACAAUAUCACCAAUUUUGGGAUUCAUUGCACACAGAAGGUCUGGGAAAAAAAUGGAGAGAACUUAACGACGAUUUGGACCAAUUCUUGCAAGAAAAGAUUCACAGUGCCCGCAAAUUCCUCAUCAAUAGGCAAAACAACAAGCCUUAG